CUCCACUCCACUCAUCCGGCCAUUAACGACGAGCAGGCAACUCGCAAUAGUAUUAUCCACACUACAACAUUCGUGUGCACCUUCUCCCCACAUCCAUCGCGGUCACCGCCGGUACAACUAAUCAAGCUGCCAGCCUCGUACUCACGAUACCCUCGCCAGCUCUGGACGGUAUAAAUUCACCAUCCACCGUACAGUUACCUCAAGACGUUCUCCUCUUCUCCCACCGGUCUGGUUUAACUGUGUUGCCAUGGCCCAAGAACGGGAGCCGCUCCUGCAGAACGGCGGCAAUGCCGCCGGGGCCAAGGGCUCGCCUGCUCUGCUGCCGUCCCUGGCCAGGUCCGUGCUCAAGUUCCUCAUGUGGGCGGUGUUCCUCACCUGGGCCGGAGGGAUCUUCUUCUACCCCACGAAGCCCGUGCAGGCCGCGUUCCAGGAGUGGGCGGGGGUCACCAAGCAGUCCCUCUUCGGCAUCACCGGGACCGUUUUUCUUGCCUUCAGCGCGCCGAUUCUGAUCGUUGCGGCUCUUGCCUAUGUGUACAUCGCCGCCUUCCCUAAUGAUCAUAUCGAAAAGAAGAAGCUGAGGUCACUGAGUUUCCGUCUCUGGACUUUUCCUGUUCUCGUCGAUGGUCCGUUCGGGGUUAUCUCUGCAGUUGAAUUUAUCGGGAUUGUCCUGUUCAUCGUUUAUGUUGCCUACUCGAUGACCUACUACGUCGUGGAGAGCGUGAGCCUCGUCUCAAAAGCUGGCUUGCCAUCCAGCACUAGCAGUGAGUUGAUACUGGCUGUCAUCGGCCUCCGUUUCGGAUCAGUUGGGUUGUUUUGCAUGAUCUUCCUGUUCCUGCCUGUCUCGAGGGGAUCGGUUCUUCUCCGGCUUAUCGAUAUUCCAUUUGAGCAUGCUACUAGAUACCAUGUCUGGCUCGGGCAUCUCACAAUGGCUCUCUUUACAUUGCACGGCUUGUGCUAUGUGAUCUCAUGGUCCCUCGAGGGGCGCCUUAUUGCAGAGAUGAUCCAAUGGAAGGAAAUCGGAGUGGCGAAUUUACCCGGCGUGAUCAGUUUGGCAGCCGGCCUUCUGAUGUGGGGAACGUCGCUUCACCCGGUAAGGAAGAGGUUCUUCGAGCUCUUCUUCUACACCCACCAGCUCUACGUGAUCUUCGUCGUGUUCCUGGCGCUCCAUGUCGGCAACUUCGUCUUCAGCAUCUCGGCCGGCGCCGUCUUCCUAUUCAUGCUCGACCGCUUCCUCAGGUUUUGGCAAUCCAGGGCCAAAGUCGACAUCGUCUCCGCCGCCUGCCGCCCGUGUGGAACGGUGGAGCUCGUCUUCUCAAAGCCACCAAGUCUUCGUUACAAUGCUCUGAGUUUCAUCUUCGUUCAAGUGCGCGAGCUGUCGUUCUUGCAGUGGCACCCGUUCAGCGUGUCGUCCAGCCCCAUGGAUGGGAGGUACCACAUGUCGAUCCUCAUAAAGGUUCUUGGAGAAUGGACUGACAAGCUGAAGAGCAUCAUCACGGACGUCCAGGAGCAGACCAACGGGAGCGAUGACGACUCUGGUCGGUCGCAAACCGGCCGCAUCACCGCCAGCAUCGAAGGGCCGUACGGGCAUGAAUCACCGUACCACCUGACGUACGAGAAUCUCAUCCUGGUGGCGGGAGGCAUCGGCAUAUCGCCGUUCCUGGCGAUCCUGAGCGACAUAAUCCACAGGAUCGAGCAAGGCAUGCCAUGCGCGCCCAGGAACGUGCUGGUCCUUUGGUCAGUUAAGAAGUCCACGGAGCUCUCUCUGCUGUCGGCCGUGGACGCGCAGUCCAUCACCUCAUCCGUCUCCGACAAGUUGCAUCUGGACAUCCAGGCCUUUGUCACGCAAGAAUCCGAGCCACCAUUGGAAGAUGGCAUUUUGGGGGGCGACCAGAAGCUCUCUGCAGGCAUGUUCGUGAAGAACGGCGUGGCCAUGUCAGGGCUGGUGGGCACGGGGGACAACUUCUGGGCGGGCAUGUACUUCGCGGCGUCCACCGUGGGCUCCGUCCUGGCGUACGCGCUGGCGCAGGUGUACUACGUGCAGCGCUUCGGCGUGCACGCCUGGUGGCAGCUGGGCCUCCUGCUCCUGCUGUCCAUGGCCGCCGGCGUCGCGCUCCCCGGCGGCCUCGUCGUCCUCCUCUGGCACCUCUCCGAGCGCCGCAGGCUGCAGGACGAACGCUGGGACGACGCCGGCCCCGGCGCGGCCGCCACAGCGGUAGAGCAGACGGCGAACGCGGACGGUGGAGCCGAUGCCGAUGCCGACGCGUCGGCGGCCAGCCUCGCCGCGAUGCGGACGACGCGGUACGGGUGCCGGCCAAAGUUCCAAGCGGAGUUCGCGGCGUUCGCGGAGCGGGCAGGGGGCGCGGCGGCGGACGUGGGCGUGCUGGUGUGCGGGCCGCCGGGGCUGCAGGCCAGCGUGGCGAGGGAGUGCAGGUCGCAGAACCUUGUUGGUCGCCGCGGCGGUGCGGUGUUCCAUUUCAACAGCCACAGCUUCGACCUCUAGCUCAGCUUAGCCAAGCUACUAAUGAAUACGUACAUAGUGGAUUCCUCAAAAAAAAAAAAAACGUACAUAGUGAUACUGGAUACUGGGCACUAGCUAGUUCUCGGCAGAACGGUAAUUAUGCUACUGCGCGCGUGUAUAGCCGAUGUGCAUACGACUACUCCCCGCCUCCCUACACGCAUAUCGGUGGUGCGGCGAUGUUGCGCCCCGUCGUGGCGUCACGGGGUCCAUGUACAUAUGCUUGUACGAAUGAUCUUAGCAAAAAAAAACAUGUAAACGUAAAUGGUGUCAGCUCAGGUGUCCGUUUUUUCA